GGGCUUUUGCAAAGAAAGCAAGGAGUAGUUCUCAUGGAAAAGGAAAUGUUGCUUAUCCUGCCUCGGUCAAGUGCUUCUUGUUUGUUGCUUUUCUUUACAGAAACUGGUCUAAAUCCAAAAAAUGGCUUCUAAAAUUAUUUGAGAAAGUGGUGUUGGAUGCUGAAAAGACCAACCCUUCAGAGACCGCAUCCAAGACACUACUGCAACAUCUCCUGGAUAAUUUACAGGGAAGACAUCUGGCUCCCAGUUAUGGCCUCUUAAUGCUGUGGGCUUCCCAAGCAAAUGCUAUCCCUAUUGCAUUUUGGACCCUUGCUUUCAUAUUGUCCUAUCCGUCUAUUUACAAGAAAAUCAUGGAAGACCUGGCUUCUGUUUUUGGCAAAGCAGGUAAAGAUAAAAUAGAAGUCUCUGGAGAUGAUCUUAAGAAGCUCCCUUUUAUUAAGUGGUGCACUUUGGAAGCCAUUCGGCUGAGGUCGCCAGGAGCAAUCACCAAGAAAGUAGUAAAUCCAAUAAGAAUUCAGAAUUUCAAUGUUCCUGCAGGUGACAUGCUGAUGUUGUCUCCAUAUUGGUUGCACAGGAAUCCAAAAUAUUUUCCUGAUCCAGAAAUGUUCAAACCUGAUCGUUGGAAAGAGGCAAAUUUAGAGAAGAAUGCUUUCUUGGACAGCUUUGUGGCAUUCGGAGGAGGGAAGCAUCAGUGUCCAGGAAGGUGGUUUGCUAUCAUGGAAAUCCAGUUGUUCGUUGUGCUUUUCCUAUACAAAUAUGAGUUUGUUCUUUUGGAUUCAGUACCAAAGGCGAGCCCUUUACACUUGGUGGGGACACAGCAACCCAUGGCGCCAUUCCGGGUCCAGUAUAAACACCGGGAGUGAAAGCUGACCAGC